GUAAUGAGCUCAACCAGACACAGUCCAUGUCUUCAUCUCUUACAACAAUGGCAAAACCUAACCAUGAAAAAAAUGAAACAAAUCCAUGCUCACACCAUCACCAACAACCUCACUCGCUUCUCCUACAUCUCCAGCAGAAUCUUAGCCUUCUGCUCUUUCUCACCGCGCGGCAAUUUUCGCUAUGCAGAGACCCUUUUCACCCACAUGCCCAAUCCCAAUCUCUUCGAUUACAACUCCAUCAUCACCUCUUACACAACAAAUUCACAAUUCCACAAAUCACUCUCGGUUUUCACCAAAAUGCUCAACACCAACGUUCGCCCCAAUUCGAAUACUUUCACCGCCCUUGUAAAAGCAUGUGUUACACUUUCUUAUCUAGAACAAGUCUUUACUCUAUCCAUGAAAAUGGGGAAUUCAUCUGACGUGUAUUUCGUGAGCUCGGUUAUCAAUGUGUUUUCGAAACACGAAGCAAUACACCUUGCUCGUAACGUGUUCGAUGAAAGUUCUAACAGAAAUGUGGUUUGUUGGACGAGUCUCGUGAGUGGCUAUUGCAGUUGCGGGUUGGUUAAUGAUGCGAGGGAAUUGUUUGACGAAAUGCCACAGAGAAACGACGCGUCGUAUAGUGCUAUGGUUUCUGGGUAUGUUAAGAACGGUUUUUUCAAUGAGGGAAUUGAACUUUUUCGUGAAUUGAAGAAGAACAAGGGUUAUGCACCUGCGAGACCCAAUGGAUCACUUUUUGUGAGUGUUCUUAAUGCGUGUACCAUGGUGGGUGCUUUUGAAGAAGGGAAGUGGAUUCAUUCUUAUGUUGAGGAAAAUGGUUUGGAAUAUGAACUUGAACUUGGAACUGCUUUGAUUGAUUUUUACACGAAAUGUGGAUGGGUAAAGAGUGCAGAGCAAGUGUUUGACAAAAUGCCUGUUAAAGAUGUUGCUACUUGGAGUGCUAUGAUUUUGGGUUUAGCUAUUAAUGGGAAUAAUCUGAUGGCUCUGAAACUGUUUGAAAAUAUGGAGAAGGUUGGACCAAAACCUAAUGAAGUUACUUUCAUUGGAGUUCUCACAGCUUGCAAUCAUAAAAAUAUGUCGGGUGUAGCGUUGCGGUCAUUCGGAAUUAUGACUGAAAAAUAUGGCAUAACACCAUCCAUUGAACACUAUGGAUGUGUGGUUGAUGUUUUGGCUCGAAGUGGACAAGUAAUAAAGGCCUUAAGUUUCAUUAGAAAUAUGCAUAUUAAACCUGAUGGAGCUAUAUGGGGGUCUUUGCUUAAUGGAUGUCUGAUGCAUGGUUAUUUUGAAUUGGGACAGACAGUUGGCAAGUAUUUGAUAGAGUUUGAGCCUCAACAUAGUGGUAGGUACGUCCUUCUCGCGAACAUGUAUGCCAAUAUGGGUAAGUGGGAAGGUGUUUUUGAGGUAAGAAAAAUGAUGAAAGACAGGGGAGUGGUGAUUGUUUCUGCUUGGAGUUUCAUUGAAAUUGAUCAAACCAUCCACAAGUUUGUUGUUGAUGAUAAGUGUUGUUUGAAUUCAGGAGAAAUUUAUGAAGUCUUAAGUGACUUGGGAAGGAAAGUUGAGGAAUUUUCAGGAGACAAGGAUGCCCAUAAAGGUUGA